AUGGCUGCCGACAACUCGACAACAGCCAUGCAAACUGACUCUAGAGACUGGGCUGAUAGGUGGAGACACAUAAACAAAAUUCUCGAUCGUCGAGGACCUUUUUGCGAUAACAGUUUCCGUGAAGGAUAUGAGAACACAUUGCUCCCCCAAUGUAAAGUCCUUGUUAUCGGAGCGGGAGGUCUGGGCUGCGAGAUAUUAAAAAACUUGGCGCUUUCGGGUUUCAAAGACAUUCAUGUGAUCGACAUGGACACAAUCGAUGUCUCUAAUUUGAAUAGACAAUUCUUGUUCAGACCUUCAGAUGUUGGUAGACCCAAGGCCAUCGUCGCUGCUGAAUUUGUAAAGAAUCGAGUAGCAGGGGUGGUUGUUACUCCUUACCAUGGCAAAAUCCAAGAUAAAGAUGAUGAUUAUUAUAAGCAGUUUCAAAUAGUUAUUUGUGGGCUGGACUCGGUCGAAGCUCGUCGCUGGAUGAACGCUACAAUUGUCAAUCUAUCACAAGAGUUGGGAGAAGCCAUCCCGAUAAUUGAUGGAGGAACGGAAGGGUUCAAGGGUCAAGCACGCGUAAUCAUUCCAACAGUGACGUCAUGUUACGAGUGCUCCCUGGAUAUGCUCAACAAACCAACAACGUUCCCUAUCUGUACUAUUGCCAAUACUCCCAGAUUGCCUGAGCAUUGUAUCGAAUGGGCUUAUGUUCUCGAAUGGCCAAAAGUAUUUAAAAACGAGAAACUAGAUACCGACGAUCCAAAACAUAUUCAGUGGGUAUUUGAAGCAGCAUUGGAACGAGCGAGGCAAUUUAAAAUCGCGGGAAUCACGUAUUCACUCACUCAGGGAGUUGUAAAAAACAUUAUUCCGGCUAUUGCAUCAACAAAUGCUAUCAUUGCGGCCGCCUGUUGCAAUGAAGCGUUCAAGAUUGCUACAACGUCCGCUCCUUAUCUUGAUAAUUACAUGAUGUACACUGGCAAUGAAGGCGUAUAUACCUACACUUUCCAACAUCAGAAGAAGCCAGACUGUCCAGUGUGUGGGGAAAACUCUGUCAACGUUGAUGUAAACAAGAACUGGACUGUGGAAGAAUUUAUUGAAUGGCUAAAAGAGAAACCAGAUGCUCAAUUGAAGAAGCCAAGUCUAAUGACUGCAGAUAACAAAAAGAUAUAUCUUCAAGCUCCACCUAUUCUGGAGAGAUCAACAAGACCGAAUCUAGAGAAGAAACUUAGCAGUCUAAUCGAAGAUGGCGAUACGAUCAUUGUCACUGAUUCUACAUUGCCGUUCUCGUUACAGCUCGUAGUAUCAUUAAUAUAA